AGAAAUGCCGGCUGCUGUCACAUACCACAGGUCAAUGGCCAGAACCAGUUGUCGCAAGCACAACACACACAACACACACACACAACACACACACACUCACAGGGACUCAGCCGCUCAUACUCCGGGGAGUGAGCGCCAUGGAGAGGUCGGGUAGAGACCACCCGGCCACUGCAACCAAGCAUCUGGACCUCCUGGUGGAUGAGAAGGAGCCGAGGAAGGACAUCGAGAGGUUGCUGAAGCAGGUGCGGCCGCUGUGGAAACCGGCGGAGAUCAAACUCAAGAUUUUCACCAGUGGAAUCACAAACAGGCUAGUCGGUUGUUACGUGGACCGUGAUAUGGAAGAGGUAGUGCUCGUCAGGAUAUACGGCAACAUGACGGAACUUUAUGUGGAUCAUGACACUGAGGUGAAAAACUUCCAGCUUCUCCAUGCUCACAACUGCUCACCGGAACUUUACUGCACUUUUCAAAAUGGAAUAUGCUACGAAUUCAUCAAAGGAGAAGUCCUAGAUAUGCAGCAGCUGAGAAAGCCUUCCAUUUUCAGACUUGUGGCCAGAGCAAUGGCCCAGUUUCAUUCUGUCCAGUCUGACAACAAUGAUUCUUCGGAACCCAACCUCUGGACGAAUCUCUCAAAGUACCUGACGCUACUCAAGUCCAGCCAGUCUCAGCUAGCAUCUGACAGGAGUUCCAUGGAAUUGAGCGGCGUGCCAAGUUUUGACAUUCUCAUCACUGAGAUUGAAGUGCUCAAAGAACACCUUUUGCAAAUGAAAUCCCCAUUGGUUCUGUGCCAUAAUGAUCUGCUGUGCAACAACAUUAUCCACGUUGAAGAGAAAGGAGAAGUAAAGUUUAUCGAUUAUGAAUACGCUGGCUACAACUACCAGGCCUACGACAUUGGAAACCACUUUAAUGAAUUUGCUGGUGUCAGUGAAUUGGACUUCAGCAUGUACCCACCUCAGCAACUCCAGCUGGAGUGGUUGCGAUCCUACCUGGAGAUGUACAAAGCCUGCACUGGCCAGGACCCCGAGGUGACAGAACUGGAAGUGCAGAAGCUCUAUGUACAAGCAAACAAAUUUGCAUUGGCUUCACACUUGUCCUGGGGCUUGUGGGCACUUCUCCAGACCAGGUACUCCACCAUCGACUUUGAUUUCCCGAGGUACACAAGAGAACGAUUCAAGGAGUACUUCAAGAGGAAGGAUGAAUUCUUGGCCUUGGAGCUUCCAUGUUGAUGCCAAGAAAAUCUGGAACUCACCCACUGCUGUGGGAAAGAUGGAACAGUAUGGAGCCAGUUAACACUACUUAAGGAGAGAGUAUUAUAAGGCUGGUCUACCUACAAUCACAAAGCAGAUGAAGCAAAUGUUCCUCAUAAUUGAAUGUAGAUUCACUGGAUCAGUAACUAUAAUAAAAGCAGCCUUCAUUACUCUAACUGAAUAAAAUAGAAAUGGUUACAAA